AUGGCCCAGUACAGCCUGGUACAGUAUAGUUUGGUACAGUAUGGUAUACAGUACAGCAUGACCAUAUCUAACCUGACCCAGUACAGCCCCCCUCAUCACCAUGUCGGGUGACAGGAGUUUUAUCUCUUCAAGAAUGCGUCCUCAGUGGGACCUUGGGAUGGUCCCCAAUAUCACAUUGCCCCGCUGUGGGCAUUCUACCUGCAGACCGCCUUCAUGGGCUUUGUCUUUUUGGUGGGCACCCCUCUCAACGCCAUUGUCCUGGUGGUCACCGUCAAGUACAAGAAGCUGAGGCAACCUCUCAACUACAUCUUGGUGAACAUCUCCUUCAGCGGCUUCAUCUCCUGCAUCUUCAGUGUCUUCACUGUCUUUGUCUCCAGCUCCCAGGGUUAUUUUGUAUUUGGCAAGCACAUGUGUUCCUUGGAGGGCUUUGUGGGGGCCACCGGAGGUAGGUGGGGGAUGCCACUGCAGUCUGGUGGGGCUGGAGGUAGGGCUGACCAGUCCUGGUAGGGCUGCAGGAGUUGGGGUGACCGCCAUGGUCUGGUGGGGCUGGAGGAGUUGGGGUGAUCACCGUGGUCUGGUGGGGUUAUGUGUGGGGAUGACCACCAUGGUUUGCUGGGGCUGUGGGAGCUGGGGUGAUCACCAUGGUCUGGUGGGUCUGGAGGAGCUGGGGUGACCACUAUGGUCUGGGCCCCUGACCCCCUCCUUCGGGCACAGGUGGCUGCGCAGCAGCAGGAGUCGGCCACAACGCAGAAGGCAGAGCGGGAGGUGUCCCGCAUGGUGGUGGUGAUGGUGGGCUCCUUCUGCCUCUGCUACGUGCCCUACGCGGCCCUGGCCAUGUACAUGGUGAACAACCGGAACCACGGCCUUGACCUGCGCCUGGUCACCAUCCCUGCCUUCUUCUCCAAGAGCGCCUGCGUCUACAACCCCAUCAUCUACUGCUUCAUGAACAAACAGUUCCGCGCCUGCAUCAUGGAGACGGUCUGUGGGAAGCCCAUGACAGAUGAGUCUGACAUCUCCAGCUCGGCCCAGAGGACGGAGGUCUCGUCCGUCUCCUCCAGCCAGGUCAGCCCCAGCUGAAGAGCCGCCAGCACCUGCCCCAGGCCCCUGGCUGUCCUCGCUAUGGGGCUGGAGCUGCCCCAGGGUUCCAGGGCCACCCCCUCGGCCAGCCUAGAAUGUAGGUGCCGAGUGGGACAAUAAACCACCGCCACAGUCUGAAGACAAUGCCGAGCCAGUCUACGUGUCGGUGGGGACGGGUGGCUCAGCCCCACGGCACUGCAAUCCCACAGCAAUGCCACCGCAGGACCCCGCUCCUUGUCCUGCCCAGGACACACAAGCAGUGGUGGGGCAGGGGGGUGGAAUGCUGCCCCUCCCCUCACCCAUGGGGCUGGGGUGGUGCUGAACCCUCCAUCCGUGGGGCUGAACUCCCAUUCAUGGGGCUAGUGUGGGGCUGAGCCCCCCCAUCCGUGGGGCUGGCUCCCAUCCAUAGGGUCAGGGUGGUGCUGGGCUCC